AUGGAUCCUUCAAGCUCGGAAAUAAUCGAUUUUAUAUCCUUGCCAAAAAUUGAAUUACAUGCCCAUCUAAGUGGAAGUAUCAGUCGACAAUGUCUUCAUGAAGUAUGGCUUCAAAAGCAGGAAAGGGGCGAGACUACUUUACCGGAUCCAUUAGUAGAGAUGCCAAAUGGUAAGUUUGAUUAUGAUCUAGAAACAUUCUUUCCAUUGUUCUCCAAAUACAUCUAUGCUCUCUGCAACGAGCUUUCCUCCUUGAUCUACACAACCAAUUCCGUUCUUGAAGAUUUCCAAGCCGAUGGUGUGGUCUAUCUCGAAUUACGCACUACACCUCGAGCCAUCCCUUCAGCGGGCAUCACUAAAGAGAUAUAUGUCCAAACAAUCCUCAAUUGCAUUACCAAACACAAUGCCUCAAACACUUCCAUGAAAACAAACCUAAUUCUCUCAAUCGACCGACGAAAUGAUCUCCCAACAGCCAUGGAAGUUGUCUUCCUAGCACACAAAUACCAGUCCUCCGGCGUAGUAGGAAUCGAUCUUUGUGGAGACCCCUCCGUAGGAGACAUAUCCAUAUUCGCCCCUGCCUUCCUCCUCGCUCGCAACCAUAACCUUCAAAUCACCAUUCAUUUCGCAGAGGUACCUCUAGCACCCAGCAGUACGGAACUCGUCACACUUCUCUCGUACAAACCUGAUCGCAUCGGUCACGUCAUCAAUGUACCAGAGGAUCUUAAACCCGCGAUCCAGGAGAUGGGUUUGGGGUUGGAACUUUGCUUGAGUUGUAAUGUGCAUGCGAAGAUGAUUACGGGGACGUAUGGCGAUCAUCAUUUUGGGGAGUGGUGGGGAAGAGGCUAUCUUGAUGCACGGGAGGUUAAGCCUCAACUUCCCUCAACUGUCGAGGGACAAAUUCACAUUGAGAUUGAGAUGAGAAAAGAUAGUCGCUAA